GCCAGUUUCAAAUCGACCUCAAACGGAGCAGGUUGUCUUCGUACCGGAGUGAAAUACAUACGAGUACAACGCAAUCGGAGAUGCAGAACGAUAAGCUUGCCCCACCGCCAAUAGGCUUCUAUCCUCCAUCAGCACAGCAAGGACACCCUCAGCCAGGACAUCCGCAACACAUCACGCCGGCAGAGACCUACGGAGGCAGUGCCCCACCACCACCUGCAAUGCCUCCGAGGGAUCCACCCACCAGAGUGGAUCCACCAGCACGCGAAGGAUGCUUCCAGCGCAACAGGAAGAACAAACCGCAAUCCAAUGCUGUGGGCUCGGCUGGUCUCAUCUUCAUCUCAGGAGGAAUGAACAUAGCGUGGGCGAUUGGCUUUCGAGGACCAAUUAUGUACCAAUCCACCAAGCACAAUUAUAUUGCCUGGUUCAUAGGCGCUAUUAUUGGAGCCUUGCUUACGAUGGCGCUCACCAACAAGCUGGCCAAAAAAUAUAUUCUGCAAUUUUCCUCAGUCCUGGUGACCAUCGGCGGAUUGAUUAUUGCCUGCACCCAUAAUAAUGGAGCUGGAACCACAGCAGCUUGUUACCUAGAUGGUAUUGCCAAUGGUCUGGUAUUUGCCCCAUUUAUGGCCUUAGUCGGAGAGGUUUCCGUACCCUAUAUGAGGGGCGUGACCAGUGCGUCCUUAGAGCAACUGUGCUUUGCAUUCGGUAUAUUUCUUCAGAUCCUUUAUGUGUCGAGUUGGACGUAUUCUACGUAUAUAUCAUACAAUGCUUUUACGUCCGAGAAUAUGAAAGGUUUGGUGAGCACUAUCCUCGGCGUUUUUGCGCUUAUUAUGGGCUCCUUUAUGACCAUCGAAUCUCCGGUUUUGAUGCUGGCCAACAACGAAGAACAGGCGGCCAUUGACGCACUGCGUCGUCUGCAAAAGCCUGCGGUUCUAACCGAGGAAACUUACGAGCUGCUGGCGGAGCACAAACGUUACUUGGCCUACAACAAGAACAUGUCGAAGGGUGAAAGCAUUUCCAAAGCCCUGCCCACAUUCAUCCGACUUGCAUACCUACGAGCCCUGAAUGCGAUGAGCAUCUCCACCUUUGUGUUCAUCACUUAUGGGAUUGCGAUCAUUAACUCCCCCAAUGGAUUAGCAAAUGCGAAGCCCUCGUUUAUAGGAUUCGCCUUAUGCCGCUGGCUGGGAACCCUUAUCCCAUCCUUCUGCAUGGAGUCCUUGGGCCGAAAGAAGCCCGCUGUUUUUGGCCUGCUCGUGAGCUGCGGUUUGGCCUUCGCCGUGGGUUCGCAGUACAAUUUGUAUGCGUAUAUGGACCAAGUGAAAGUAUUGCUGAUGGUCUUCGAGUUCUUUGCGGGAAUGGCCUUCUCGUCCAACUCGGCAUACCUGGCAGAGGCAUAUCCCAUGGGUGUUAAGCAGCACUUUAUCGGUUUCACUUUCAUUACCGAAAUAUUUGUCUUCCUCAUCAUAAACAUCUGUGACUUUAAUUUAACACAGGGGUACAGCUACUUCUAUGCCGUGGGAGCCAUGUACCUGGCGGGAUUCAUUCUCGGGGUCCUUACUCUGCCGGAGACAAGGGGGAUGACCUUGCGUGGCGCCCAGGAGCAGUUCAGUAGCUUCGUAAAUUUCCGCUUUUAAAUUUCAGAGCAAUUUCAGAUUAACAACAACUAUUUCGACUAUUAAACAGCAGGAGGUCAAAGGCCUCUGUAUUCAAUAAG